UGGGUGUGGACGUAGGUGUGUCUGUGUAGGUGUGAGUGUGAACGCGUGCAUGAGCAUUCAUAACUGUGCACGGGUAUACAAAUGCGGGGGGUGAAUGGUGACCAUGUGUGAGUGUGUGCACGUGUAGCGCUGUGUGUGUGUUUUCGAGUGUGAAAGCGACAAGCUAGGGUGGUCUGCAUUGGACCGCCAGAGAACCUUUACAGCCCUGUGUGUGUGUGUGUGUGUGUGUGUGUGUGUGUGUGUGUGUGUAUCUCGAGCUGCCUGCAGCUAAACCCUGGCUUUGCCCUCCCUUGUGGAAGGAAAUCCAAGUGCCAUCUCUUGAAGGUCUCCACCCUCGUAUCCUUUGCAAAGAUCCUCAGUUACUUUGAAAGCAAAUGCCAGGGUCAUUUAAAGUCUUUCAUAUUCUCCCUUCUGGAAGCUUCCUAGCUCCUUGCCGUGCAGCCCACUCUGAAAAGCUGGGUCCUGUUUGCAGUUGAGCCCAGAGAAUCACAGCUCCCGACUCACCUCAGUCAGCAGGGGAUUAUUCGUUUCAAACUUCUAGGAAUGCAUUUCUAGAGACAAUGUUUCUAGCUGUGUCUAAGAAUGAAUGAAAGUCUUCACCUCAUUUUUUUUUAAUCCCUUGCCUACCCGUGGACAGUUUGAAAAUUUAGGGGAAGGAUUUUCAUCUUUAUUAAUAAACACCGUUGCCUGGGCAAUCCGCUUCGCAGCCAAAGGCGCCGUGUUAGACGGCAGCCAUGAGCUGUGUUUGCAUCACUGUGAAUGAAACACUUGAGAGAAUAAUUUCAGAAGAGGGGAAGUAUUUUGCCCACAGUUUGGGAGCGUAUAGUCCAUGGCUCCGUGGCCCCGUGAGUCUUGAUCUGUGGCAGGGAGAUGACAGGAGGAAACGGUGGCAGUUACUGCACAUCUUGUAGAGGACAGGGAGUAGAGAGUACGAGGUCCCGCUAUCCCAUUCAGCGGUGCACACUCCUGGUGGCACACUUCUCUAGCAAGGCCUAAUUUUCUACAGUUUCUACCAACUCUCAGGACAGUGCCACCAGCUGGUAUUUAUGAUAUAUAGUACAUAUACCAUGAGGGAAAGUUUACAUCCCACAUAACAUAACAAAUCCUUGUCACUGAGCUGAGACUGAUGGCAGUUGAAACUAUGACUUUGAGAACACAAACUCUACGAAUAUUUUUUUUACCAAUUUAUUUAUUAUAUACAGGAGAGUUUUGUCUGUAUGUAUGUCUUUAUACCAAAUGUGCGUCUGGUGCCUGCAGAGACCAGAGGAAAAUUUCAGACACAUUGAAACUGGAAUGACAGACAGUCCUGAGCCGCUGUGUGGGUGCUGGGAAUUAAACCCAGGAGCUCUGGAAGAGCAGCAAGCAUUGUUGACCACUGAACCAUCUCUCUGGACCCUUUAAUGAUUCUUUUAAAAGCCCUUUACACUAGCUAAGGCCAUGGUACUUCACUCUUGGCAAGAGCUUGUGAUCACAUGGAACUUUACAGAACACAGUGAUCAGAGGCUCCACGACACUGGCUUCUGCUGGAAGGUCACAAUUCUGCUGUCUCUGUGAGUGACAGGGACAGGCCAGCCAGUCAGCCCUCCUCCAUGGAUGAUGGAUUUGAGUCUACGAGUCCCUGUCCCAGAGUUUCUCAGAACCCUUAGGAGAGUAUGCCUUGACCCCUGAAGGUCUGCCCAAGGUCAGAUUGCUUAACAAGAGCUUCACUGCUCCGGGAAGUGGCAUCUCCUUUAGAAGCAUCUGAACUCAAAAGUUCCUUGAUGAUAUUUUUAUGACUAUCAAAUGGCAGGAAAUAGAUGCUGCCUUCCUUAAUUUUAUCAUUCCAAAUGUCACGAGGAUAGCAAGGAUCUUUAAAAGACAGAAGAAGAACCUCAUUAGUAACUCCCAUGGUAACCAACCGAUCUCUUCCUUCCCUGUCUGUGGCUAUUUUCAGUUCUGAAAUUGAUUGGCAGCUCCUUGGAAAUGGAGGAGGGGGAGAGCACGGAAUGUACACGCCCACCUCACCAGGGGCUAAAGAGCCUUUUUCAAUCUUGCUCCUUCAAUGACAUCCCUGGUGUUUGCAGGAGGCAGCAGCCCAACUCAUAACGGGGAGCGAUUGUUUUUUUCUAUGAGAAAGAAAUAAUGGCUUCCCUUUAUUGUCCUUGUGUAGCUUAUGUUAAGACACAAGCUCAUAAAUGGUUCCAUUUUUAAUUCAGCUUAUGGUAGGGUGUUUUUUUUUCCCCAAAGACUUACUUAAUUAUACUUUGUGUGUGAGUGUUUGUCUGCCUGUAUGUCUGUUGCCGUGUUCAUGCCUGGUGCUAGUAGGGGGCCAGAAGAUGGUGUUGGAUCCUCUGGAACUGGGGUGACAGAUUGCCAUGUGGGUGCUGGGAACUAAACCUGGGUCCUUCGCAAGAGCAUUCAGUGCAUUUAACGGCUGAGCUGUCUCUCCAGCCCCUUAUGUUUAACUCUUAAGCAUGGGUGUGCAGUGCACUUCAGUGGUCUGUCAUUAGAAGAUGACACUGGCUUUAUUUUCACUAAGCAUGGGGACCCUCGAGUGCAGUUAAGGUUUGAAGCUAUGUCCCCCAGUCAACCUAGCUCCUAGAGGACAGCGUCAGAGUGUUGCAGAUCAAGGUCCUGCAACAGGUCAUCGGACAUCGAGGGUACAGGUGCCUCAGCCAGCCAGACACCUGGGAAUGGUGUCUCUUCACUAUCUACAUAAGCUCCCCCGGCUUCUUUACCCUGCCUUAAAGUGUCUAGGUUCACCAGGACACCCUGGAAGCCUCUGCAGUGUCACCAGUGCCCACAAGUGAGCAGAUGGCUGCAGUGCCCAUGUUGGGAGCCCCAUACUUACUGUAAAAGACUAAAUCUGCUGAUGUUCAAUAAACAUCUCAGCCACCCUGAAGGAGAACACCCUCAUUUGACUCCUGAAGCUACAGACGCCCCCAGGGUUUCCGAUGGCACACUUCGGUGGGUGGUUUUCUGCCUGCAUGGCCCACUGCCUCCUAGGUUUCAUGUGCUGAUAGGAGGAGGAAUGAAAGCCUAGUGGUUAUGGCACACCAAGCUCCAGCAUGGAUGUGAGAGGAGCUCUCCCUCCAACAGACAUCCCAUCUCAAGUCUUCCAUUUGAUGUGAAAACUUGCCAUUCACAAUUCCUCUUUAAAAUGAUGAAUGUGAUUUAAAUCAGAAAACUAUCUCCAGGCCCAUAGUUUGUGCCUCCAGCUAAAAAUCUUGGUCUAUUAGAAAUAAGGUCCUGAGGACAAAUCAGCACACACUUUAGGGUGACGUCAGGGGCCACACUGUUUUGUGAUGCCCACAGGUCUCUUGACUCUGAUGGCCAUCUGCCAUCCAACAGGGAGGCUCACAUGCUUGGAUGAUGGCAGCAACAAGUCUCAGUUGGCCAUAGUUUGAAAUUGAGUUUUAAGACAAACUAAACAACCUUGUUCACUUGUUUCCUGGUAUGUGCAGAAUAAAAAGUGAUUGCCAGUUAUAAUACACCAAAAUGUCAACUCAGAUUAAUUUUUUGUAAGCUUUAUUGAAAUAUAACACAUUUACAGAAAAUCGUGGGCACGCAAAUGUGUGGAAACUUGACAGGAAGCCACUGUGGAUCUAACACUCAGACCACAGAAGUUAGGGUGCCCAGGUCUUACCCCAAGUCUCCUGUUGCUACAAUUAUCAUCCCUUCCCCAUCUCUGUCAGUGUUUGCCCGCGUUUCAAAUUGUAUAGAAUAUGAUGUACUUCUUAUGUUUACUGAACACCUACUCUGUGCAAGGCAUUACACAGCUUUCCAAUGGAUUUAAAUGACUUUCCCUGGCUAUAUCCCAGUAGUAGGCUGUGUGUGUGUGUGUGUGUGUGUGUGUGUGUGUGUGUGUGUGUGUUCAGAGUUAGUGUGCACAUAGUUAUCUGUGACACCAACAGGAAAUGCCCUGCCAAUAGUCUCUUUUCAUCAUAGAGGCCAGAAGACAUAGGCACCCAAGAACUCAGGCAUAGGAGGAGGGGGUUAUGUAUAUUUGUAUGUAUGUGUGUAAUUACAUGUGUGUGUAUGAUGUAUAUAUGUUUGUGUGUGAAUAUGUGGGUCUCUGUGUAUGUGACUGUCUGCAUCUUUGUGUACAUAUGUGUAUGCAUAUGUGGGUCUACAUAUGUGUCUGUUUUGCUCUGAGACUGUGUGCAUGCAUAUCUGUGCGAGUCGAUGUAUGAAUAUCCAUGAGUCUGUACGUGUGUGUGUGUGUGUGUGUGUGUGUGUGUGUGUGUGUGUGUGUGAUGAAAGAUGGUCUCCAUAGUGACUUCUCAAACUCCCAAUCCAAACAGCUCCCAAUUCACAUCUGUGCGCUGAGGAUGGCAUCACACUUGAGGGUGAGUCAUUUGGAAUUUGGUGCAUCUACUAAUUCAACAGAGUAAUUGGGUUUCUUAGCUGUCAGGAAGUGUCUUGAGCUCACUUCAUCUGUGCUCUGAGAUUGAGUAAACAGAGCAAUGGCAAGUAAUGCUACCCCAAGGUGUUGGAAAGCCGGAGGUGAUUUUAGGAAGCCAUUGUCUGGGGCUAUGGAGGAAAUGGCUCUGUUGAUAGAGGGUGAUCCUUGUAUGCACUAGGACCUGAGUUCAGUUCCCAGAACCCAUGCAUAUAACUAGACACCAUGUUGUGUGCUUGUAAUCCUAGUGCCAGGAACACUGGGAAAGGUAGAUCCCUUGGGCUCACAAGCCAGCCAGACUAAUCUACUUGGGAAGUUCCAGAUUAGCUAGAGGCCCUGUGUCAGAAGAAAACAAGGCAGGUGGUAGCUGAGGAAUGACACCCAACACUGGCCUCUGAUCUCUAUAUGCACACAUGUAUACAUGACCCAACACACACACACACACACACACACACACACACACACACUCACACACACACACACAUACACAUAGAUGCACACACAUACACAUAGAUACACACACUCAUCCACAUAGAUGCAUACACACACACUCACACACAUACAUCUACAUAGAUGCACACGCACACACACACACACAUACACAUAGAUACAAACACACACACUCAUCCACAUAGAUGCAUACACACACAUGCACACACACAAAUAAUUCAUCUUGUGUGACAAUCACUGUUAAGAGACAUGAUAUCCAGUGAAAGCACAACCACCAAAGCAGAGAGGAACCUUCCAGCCCUGCCUCUACACCUCUAAAGGCUUUCCCCCACUCUUCCUGUGCACUCCACCUCUGACUCCUGGAGCCAAUAGCAAGGGCUAGGGAAGGAAACCCCGCCCUGCCCUUCCCCACCCCCACCAUGAUCCCACCCCCGAACCCAGCUCCCCUCCUGCUGGCUGUUGUUUUGGUAAUUUAUAAUUUGCAUUCUCCCUGACUAGGCACUUUAGAGAAAGCAAGCCCAGUCGCACCAUUCAUGGUCUAAAUGAAUUUGGGGUUAGACGCUGCCUCCCCAACUUGCUCCUGACUUCAUUCUACUGUGACAAAGGUUAUGAUAAAGUAACCGGUGACUGAGAGCAUUAAAUUGAAAUACUUCUGUGGAAGCACCAGGCAGGUUCAGACUCUCAGGAGAGCGAGAGCCUAGUCUCUUUCCUAGGAGAGGAGAAAACUGCAACCUUGCCUAAGCUUCCUGGCUGAAGUGAAACAAGGGCUAGUAUUGUUCUAGUCCGGGUGAAAGAACUUUCCUAGUCUUUCAGGAAGUGCAAGCGUUUUUUUGUUGUUGUUGGUUUUUUGUUUUUUUUUUUUUUUCUGGUACUACAUACUAUGGUUCAAGACAACUUUUAUUCUGUAAGCAGUUAUAUUAACAACCAUGAUUCCUAUCCUGUCAUUCUCCCACCAAAAAGACAGUAAGUAUAUCUCCCUUGCCACUGUACAGCAGGUUUGCAUCAGCCCUUUGAUGAAAGCUACUAACCUGAGAUGUGAUACUCAAAUUGGAAGGCUAAUGGAGUCAAUACUGUGCUGGGCUAGCCGAUCCUUUUCAACUUUUAUUGCCUUAAGAUAUAACAUGCAGAGAGAUGGGGAGGGAGAUUCUGAGAUGUAGGGAGCUGUCCACCCUGUUUGAUGACUCCAUUUACUGUGGGACUCAAUGAGUGCAGGGCUCAGGGAAAUACUCUAGAGCAGUGGUUCACAGCCUUCCUAAUGCUGUGACCCUUGACCCUCUAAUACAGUUCCUCAUAUUGCAGUGACCCCCCCACCAUAAAAUUAUUUUGUUGCUACUUCAUAAUUGUAAUUUUGCUACCUUUAUGAAUCAUAAUGUAAAUAUUUGAUAUGCAGGAAAUCUGAUAUUCGACCCCCUCAAGGAGGCUCAACCCAACCCACAGGUUGAGAACUGAGGCUCUAAAGCCUUAGAAGAUCUAGGUGAGGCAGGAGGCCUGGGUGGUCUGCACUGUUUUCAUCGGGAUCUAUGAAGGAGAAGGUCACUCUGGGGCCAUUUGUGCUGAAAAAUCACAAUAGCAGUGAACUGAGACCUGAGAGAACUGCAGGCCUCCACACUUUAAGGAAAAGCGUAUGGGCUCCAGAGAGUCAUGGCUUUUUUCCCAGGGCUGUUGGCCAGGGGACGCAAAGCCAGGAGCCUUCCUUCCAGGGAUGUUGGCAUUGGGAGGUGAGGAUGCCUCUUUCACUCUCUUUGCCUAGAAAUCCCCAAAUUUGGCUUUAUUUACAACUUCAAACCAAAUAUGCAAAAGGUUAACUGAAAUCGUAUCCCUUUUUUGUAGAGGAAUUUAAAAUACAGACACACAUACACAAACACACACACACAUGUAGGCACAUGAACAUGCAUAUCACAUGCAUACAUACAUACCAUAUAUACACAUAUAAAUACAUGUAUACAACAGGCCCACAUACCACAUACACACAUACUAUAUGCACACACAACAUGCACACUUUCAUACAUGCAGGCACAUUGAACAUGCACACCACACAUACAUGUACACAUAUGCAAUAUAUAAAACAUACACACACAGUAUAUACACAUACAACAUGCAUACUCUCACAAUGCAGACAAAUGUACAUGCAGACCACAUGCACACAUACACGCAUACCACAUGCAUACAUACUCCAUACAUUUAUAUUAUAUGCACAUACAACAUACAUGCUCUCAUACAUACAAACACAGUGUGUGCAUGCACACACACAGUAGCAUAAGAGCAUGGGUGUUUCCCUCUAACACAUACAGGCCUCUACCAGGCAAAGCAAAGGUGAGGAACCAUAAAGCACCACCUUACCACACUGGGGCUUUCUAGAAACUGGGCUGCUGGAUGUCCCCAGAAGCACUCUCAGUCACAGAAGCUAGCCAGUGGCAGGCAGGCAGUUGCUCUGAGGACUCUUGCAUCACCCCCACAGCACUGUGGCAGUUGGUUGGUGUUUUCAGAAUCAGUCAGAAGCACAGCUCCAAGCUAAGUCCUCCCUUCACACAGUCUAAGCCACCAGGGCUGGGUGCCUGCCCUUCGAGGCCAGCCCUUCUCUCCUCCCACAUCACCUGUCCCAGGGGACUAACUUCCCCAUCACCACCAUCAGCAAUGCGCACCCUGUAUGUCUUUCUUCAGCUGGGAGCAGUUCCUCAAAUGCCACCAGUGGAGCAGAUGGGUGACGUGAAGCUACUGGUGUAUCAAUGGCGUACCACAACCCAACUGGAAGAAUGGCUGAGCACUGCUUACAAAACCACACACUCUCCCAAAUCUGAGCUUCUGGUUUUGACUCUUCUUUUGUUCCCCUUACUUUGAGUUGAAUAUGCUAGAAAUGUGCAGACCCUCAUUGUGACUACAUUCACAAAAACAACCCAGUAUUGUCCUGGUAUUGUCCCCUUGUUCUUAGGUGGGUAAUAGUCCUAUUUAUGAGGAACAUCUGUUGGAGGAACUCUGUGUGUGUGUGUGUGUGUGUGUGUGUGUGUGUGUGUGUGUGUGUGUGUGUGUGUGUGGUAUAUGUAUAUGUUUAUGCCUUAAAUGUGUGGUAUACACAUCUUUGUGUGUGUUGGAUGUGUGGUAUAUGCAUGUGUUAUGUGGAUGUAUGCAUAUGUGUGUGUACAGGUAUGCAUGUGGAGGUCAAAGGGGAAACUGCAUGUUCCUCAUUUUCUCUCUGUCUUAUAUUUUGAGACAGGUCUCUCACUGACCGUGGAGCUCACUGAUUCAGGUAAACUGCAGUGAGCUCCAGGAACCCUUCUAUGUCCUGCUCCUCAGUGCUGGUGUUACCAACACACACCACCAUGCUCAGUGUUUAACAUGGAUUCCGAGAGUGUGUACUCAGGCCCUUGUGUAUUUUACCCACCGGUCCAUGAUCCCGUACCCUGUACAAUUUGCCCAGAGCUGAGGUUAGAUGAACUUCUGUGUGGUUGUAGUGACCUCAUGUUACAGAAUUUUCUUCAAUCAUCACCCUGAGGUGUCCCCAUCUACAUACAACACCUCAACACUUGUGUCCUGUGUCACACACAGAGGUCCUGAAUUGAAGUAUUAAGCAGGAUCUUGACAUGAGUGUGGACUCCAUUGGUCACGAGUACUUGCCAUACUAAUGUGACAUUCACAGGCUGACAACACUAACUUCCAGCACUCACAUCCAAGUCUGUGGGCACAGACCAGUGAGGGGACAGUUGGGCCAGAAUUUGACAUACCCACUGGGGACACCAUCCACACAACGGGAGUUCCCUUUCUAAGUUGGAGAAGGUCUUUCUUAGUUUUCCAUUCUAUAACAAGUGACCAGCGAGACGGUGCCUGCCUGGUGUUCGGCACAUGGUGAGGACUUGAGGAACAAGAGCCAUGUUCAGGUGUCCAGGCCGUGCGGCUGCCAUGGUUUCAGGGCCUGGGACAUCAGUGCCUAGGAAGAAUGAGUGCUUACGUGAGGACGGUCCUGGCAAACUCCCAUCUAGUCCUGUGAUAAAUGUUAGAGACCAUGCCCCAUGUCCCUUGGGGAUGCAUUCUAAUACCUCCUAGUGAAUGCUUAAAAGCUUGGAUAAUCGGCAAGCCCCAAGGGUACCAUGGGCUUUGUUCCCAUGCAUCCACAUCUAUGAGGAAGUUCAUGUUUUAAUAGGGCAUAAUAUGAGAUUUACAACCAUAGCUAAUAAUAAAAUAUGACAAUUCCAGCAACACACUGUGUUUAAAAAUACCUGUUUUGCUGUGAGAUCUGAUCAUUAAGAUAAGUAUCAAUCCACUAAAGGAAGUAGCUACUAAAUGGCCAAUGCACACCACAGAGAUAAUCUGGGCAAAGAUGUGAGUCAAGACCCUGACAGCAUAGUAAGAGAUUUCCUAACUGUCAGAAAGGGGAGGCAUUUACAAUGUAUGGAGUCUUUAUUUCUAGAAACUUCUAUGUGUUGUUUUUGAACCACAAUUGACUAACUGAUACCUCAGACAGCAAAACUACUGAUACAAGGACCCUGUGCCUGUCAGUGUGGCUCAUGGGGAGAUUCUCGAGUACAAGAAAUGUAGUAGAACAAGACCAGUUCUAACGUGGCACUCCCAGCUUUGUAGUGGCUCAAGCAAGCCAGGCAAUGCUCACUCACCCUGCUGAUGACCAGGGAAAAGUGUCCAUUAGCACUCUCUGAUGCUACUCAAUCUCUACCCUUGGGCAUAGCACUGGACUUCAUGCAGUUGCACAAAUUCAGCUUUCAGAAUUUCACCCAGCUUGGGCUCUCAGCCUCAGUAGAUUCUGCAGGACUUUUCUUGAAUUUGGUCUUGAGUCUUUAAUGAGCUGGGGGUGACACUUGGUUUUUUGGGGGGUACCACUGGUAGAUGGCCUUUUAAGGAUGUGGUGGUGCUUGACCACAGAACAUUAUGGGGAGGGAAGUGUCAUGGUCAGAGCCCUUCCUCUGUCUGCUGGCUACUGACCACUUCCUCUGGCUCUGUCUGGAAAAGAGUCCUCCUGCCGCCAUUCGUCUCUCAGGAAGUGGUUCCUAGCCUGGCCCCAAAGAUCUGGUAGAGUCUUCCUAAGAUUGGGGGUUUUGGCUGAGCGGUAGCGGUAAUCCCAGCAUUUGGGAAGCAGAGGUCUCUAAGUUUGAGGUGAGCCUAGUCUACAGAAUGAGUUCUAGGAUAGCCAGGGCUACACAGAGGAACGCUGUCUCAAAAUAAAACAAACAAACAAACAAGAUCGGGAGCUUUCCACUUAUCCUGGGCUGGAUGUGGAUUCUGGCUAGUUCUCUUACUCAAACCAGUCACCUCAGACGUGUCAAGAGAAUCAGGUAGAAUAUUGGAUAAAUGUGGUACGCCCAGCAUUUUGACAUGUGUGCAGGGUAUUACCGUAGAACGGCAUGGAUGUGUUCCACAAAUGAACUUGCAAAAUAAAUCCUAAAAGUUUAAACUAAGUUGGUGACCCUGCACUGCAUUCACGGUUCUCCACGGGAGCAUGAAGCCCAGGAGCUACAUGCUGGACCCACCCUAUAAAAUUCUAGAUUGUUCAGUAAAUGUGCUUAGGGUUGGUAUCUGGCCUUGCCCAGGCCACGGUUGGGUAUAAGCACUCUUUCUUUUCCAUCUCUGGGCCUCACCCCCUCAGAUUCUAAAUUCACUCCCACAAUGCUGUCUUGUUGGAUCAUCAGGGCAAAGCUGCCUCAGUGACUUCAGGUACAGAGACUAGAGCCAUCCGGCCCUCUGCUCUGGGCCCCAGCCUUCCCCGUGUCUGUGGGCAAGACUGGUUCUUGCUGCCCCAUCCUCAGACUCCCUCAGACUGUGGACCACAGAAGGACUGCCAGACUCGUGGGUGGCAAUCAAAAGCCAGGUACCCAUCAGGCCAACUCUGUCUGACCUCUGUCAUCUUUGCUCUCUGCUAAGGCCCAGAAUCACCAGCUCUGCAACCAGCAGCUCACCGCCCAUGUGAGAUGGUUUUUCUGGUUUGAAAGAGACAAUUUUCUUUGACGUUAUGGCUGUAUUGCCUGGCCGAGGAAGCGGGCAGUUGAUCUUUCUAGGUGAUGGGAGCAGAAUUCAGUGAAACUCUGUGCUGGCAUUGCAGCGUAUUGUUCCGGCGCGGAGCAGUGCAAACUUCUGUCAUAAUGCAGUUUCUGUUGUCUGAUGAAUACAGCAGUGUUCUUUUCUGUGGAGGAGGAGGAAGGAUUCCUGCUGAGUUCACGGAACUUUCUUAGUAGGGUUGGAGGGUGUAGGUGCAUGCCUUGUGCAACACCCAUCAAGGCUGGACAUGGUGUUUGCUCACAGCUCCCCGGUCUGUAAAGCCUCUGGAAGUGUGUGUUUCAUUAGGAACUGUUUAAGGAAAGAAACACAGCUUUCCCUCCAAACGAUGCAGCUGACGCUCACUAUGCCUUCUGCUCUUUUUCUCCCUCUCCUAGCAUGAGGCUCAGUCCUGUGAAUUUUAUAAUGGACUACUUCCGUGGCUUGAGUCAAACGGGGCGGGGAGUGGGGGUUGGAAGAUCGCCGCACCAAAAUAUUUGAGGGUGCUCUUGCUAAAUGACUACUUGAUUGGCAGAUCUUCCUCUUAAGUGGUUUCAUCAUUGUCAAAAUCUUUCUCAGCAAUGUCUUACAAACUUAAGUUCAGGAUGCCUUCCCCUUUUCUUAUGACACGAAUGUCUUAUCUCAGUUCCUGAGAAAUAUCCCUGCAUGUCUAUGAGGAAUGCUCUAGUCAGGUCCCUGUGCCUCUGAGGCGGGAGACUGCCAGGUGCAAGGCAACCUGGGUGCUGUGCUUCAGUGUCAUUUCCCACCCUGGGCUUGCCACCAUCUAGUGUCCAAUGCCACCCACCAGUGACAUCUGUAAGCAUCUCUUUUAGACUUAAGACCGUGAGGGUCUGUGGGUGGUUUUUUUUUGUUGUUGUUGUUGUUGUUGUUGUUGUUGUUGUUGUUGCUGCUGCUGCUGCUGCUGCUGCUGCUGCUGCUGUUUUUGCUUUUAACUUCUCAAUUCUUACCAGUUGACCUGUCAAUAUCACCCAGCAAUCAUCCGGUAUAUGUUAAAUACCAACCUAGGCAUUUUAUCCAUUCAUCCUUCGGGAUGCUCUGAGCUACUAGAAUGCACUCAGAAAUGGUUAGACACGAAAAGAGAUUCCGGUGGUUGCAGUUUCUGCUCAGAGAUUUCCCCAACCAAGGCUUCUGUGUCAGCCAAUGUCCGCCUCUCAUUCUUGUCACCUGUAAAGUGUGGAGCACAGCCCCCCAUUCAGGUUGGCUGCUGUGGUGACAAACAUGACUUUCUCAUUCUUUACCGUCUUGCGGCGAGAUGUGGCUAGGGAGGUGCUGUUGGGAAACAAAACCACAGAGAGAGGGGGUGGAGGGUGGGAAGAGAGAGAGAGAGAGAGAGAGAGAGAGAGAGAGAGAGAGAGAGAGAGAGAGCGAGCUAAAGAGAUAGGAGUGCCAGGAGUGGGAGAUCCAGGAAGUCUGGAGGACACAGAUGAGAGGGGAGGAGAGGAACCUGACAGGUUCGGGUGAUAUAGCACAGCAUGUGGAAAUCCAGACAUGGCAGUGUGCUUGGGGGGCAGGAUUAUGUCUUUCCUGUGAGUGGGGGCCUCUAGAGGCGGUCACUGUGACAUCUUCCUUCCCUGGGAGGGUCUAGAUUCUGAUAAGGACUUAUAUACUCUUUCUUAUCUGUCCCAAUCCAUCGCCUAGGGAAGGCAUUCAGCUUCGCUCGGGGUGGCCACUGGGCCUGGGUAUACUCUACUGUCAGUCGAUCCCUUCGGCCCAGUCUCCAGGACGGUUUAGAGGAUGGCCUAAGCAUGAGACCAGAGGCCAUGGACUGUUCUCCUGGGCCAAGCACCAUCUCACUGGUUUCACUAGGAGAAAGCCUAGCUCUUUGAGUCCUUUAUGAAGCACCUCUCCACGGACACGUGUCCUAGGCAACGAGCUGAAAAGCACACUUCAGUUGGCUGAGUCCUCCUGUUCCUGUGAACACCAAAUUGUCUUGGGGUCAUUUUUAUCCCACACAGCAGUAUCUGUACACAAGCAGAAAGUAGCAGAGAAAAGAUUAAAUUGUAUCUGUUGUUUUUCUUAGGGUAAAGAUGUUGGGGCCUUGUCUUAGUCAGGGUUUCUAUUCCUGCACAAAACAUCAUGACCAAGAAGCAAGUUGGGGAGGAAAGGGUUUAUUCAGCUUACACUUCCACAUUGCUGUUCAUCACCAAAGGAAGUCAGGACUGGAACUCAAGCAGGUCAGGAAGCAGGAGCUGUUGUAGAGGCCAUGGAGGGAUGUUACUUGCUGGCUUAAUUCCCCUGGCUUGCUCAGCUUGCUCUCUUAUAGAACCCAAGACUACCAGCCCAGGGAUGGUACCACCCACAGUGAGCUGGGUCAUCCCCACUUAAUCACUAACAAAAUGCCUUACAGCUGAAUUUCAUGGAGGCAUUUCCUCAAGGGAGACUCCUUUCUCUGUGAUAACUCCAGCUUGUGUCAAGUUGACACACAAAGCCAAGCAGUACAGAGACUAUGGGGCAGAAAACCAGAGCCUACAAGUUAUCAAUGAAAAGACCAGUGUGGGAAGGGCCUUGGCUAGAAUGACCGUGGGACAUAACGGAGCUCUGCUCUGUUUCCCACUCUUAAAUGGAGUCAUGGGUAAGGGGAAAGAGAGCAUCCAGGAAGCAAGACAUCUAUGGGCAGCUCCAGAGCAUGGAAGUGGGGGGGGUAAGGGACUGUGGCCCUCUUUAAUGGAGUGUGGCCAGUAAAGCAGACUUGGUCAUAGGUAUGUCACUCAAACCUGGGAGUAGGGGGAAGGGACAAAUUGACAAAUAACUCCAUUGUGGAAGUUAGUGGUGGAUAUCCAAUGAAGCUGCAUGGUUUAGCCCAAGAACCCAUGGGGGCUCUGUAUGAGAAGUGUUCGUUUGUCUAGUGCUGCAAAGAAAAUGGGGCCAUUGUUAGUAGAGUGGGUGUUAUGGAUUUUUUUCUUUAAAUUCUGACAGCCUUUCAUCCUUUGGAUGUUGUCUAAGGGUGCAGGGACAGGUUGGCUUCCUCUGCCAAUUAAAGAAUUAAAAGGCAGGAAAGAAGUGUUGCUGUUGGAUCUUGGGGAGCCAUCCUAUACUACCCAGGAAAUAAGGGUCCCCUCUCGGGGUUCUUAGUCUUAUUAAUAAAAGAACUCAAGAAUCCUCGAAGCUAGAGGGCAAAGAACAGAUUCAAAUGGAAGCUCGGGGAUAAUUUAUUGGCCUUUAAAAGGAAAAGACCAGCGCUAGCAAGCUGUAAAUCUUGCAGCUGCUGGAAGAGAGAAGAAUGGAGAAGGCACGAAGAUGAUACAGCGUGGGAUAAAGUUGCAGGUCAGCCACCUGGUGGCAAACACAGCAGAGAAGGCGCUUUUAAAAAGAACCAAGGAAAUCUAAGGCCUUAGGGAGUUAGGAAGCAUACUUAGGCCCUAGCCAGCACCCAAAAGAAAAAGAAAGAGUUACACCGUUCAGAGUCAGACCUCAGAAAGGCCAGUAAACCUAGACAAACCCUAUAGCCAAUCAUGGAGACUGCCUUAGAAGGUAAGGAUCAUGGAAAGGAAAAGGGCAUCGGCUAAUGUAGGUGAACCCAUCUUCCAUGGCCUGCCCCACUGCAUUAAAACCCUCAAAGGAGGACACAGGGGCAUGUCUCCACCUAGAGGAGGUUUCCAUUCCUUACACUUUGGGUCCUUCCAAAGUGGGCUGGCAGUUGAUGGGGAUGCACCUUCUGAGAAAGAACGAGUAAGCUUCACUGGUCCUGUCUUCCUAAGUCACAUCCACGUCAUGAUGCUUGGAAUCUCCCUGCAAGACCCAGAGCUCAGCUCUGCGUUAUUGGAAGUAAAAAAUUGUGGUUUUGAGAGGUGAUGGGGUUGGCCCAUGGAGCCGUCUGUGCCUUAGCUGUGUGUGCUGUGGUCAGAAGGCAAAUCCCAGUUGAACAUCCUCAGUCUAGAUGAGCUUGGGGCAUGAGCAAGUACUGACAGAUGAGGCAGAGGGUCCUUCUGUUUCUAAUGACCUCAUGCAUCCAGUUUUGUCCAGGACGAGCCCAAGGAGGCAGCAAAGUUUAUAAACCAGCUCUGGAGCCACUGUCCUGCUCAGGGAUGGGACUCUUUGUAGCAAAUGAUUCUAUGCUUGGGCCUCAGUUUCUUUAUCUAGAGAACAGCUCCAGUAAUGGAUUCCUCCUGGGAGUCCUGAGAGGCUGAAGUGGCCCUCGUUGUGAUACCUCUCCAAGGAGCUUGAUGCGACCGUUCACACUGCUCUACCUUCGAGGACAGGAGCCCACAAGGAAGCAGCUCCUGGGGGAAAAGAUAAAAAUGGGGAAAAACAACAGUCAACAAUAACACAGGUCCAAGCCAUGACAGUGAUUGUCGCUCUAUCACUACCUGAAAAGUGUGUGUGCCCUGCACCAAGAGAUGAGCAAAUCAUUAGCAUUUGCCUGAAGCCGAGAGCAUCCGUGCCUCUGAAGAGAAUAGAUCUGAACUGCCGUGCCCCUAAAUUCCGGGGCAAUCAUAACUCUGUAGACAGAUGUUGCAAUAUGGAAAACACUGGGCCUGUGCUUGCAAACAAGGGUUCCCCUAGCUUACUAAUAUGCAAAGAGGGCACCCCACAGUGAGCAGUUAGUGAAGUAUCUUAUGUAUUUGGGUGGAGAGCAAGCAGGUGUCUUGCCUGGGAAUGAUUGCUAGAAAUUACCCAACAUUUAGAAAGUGUGUUGCUUGUCUGUUCGGGUUGACAAAUGGAUAGUGAGGCGAUGUAAGCUUGGUGACACCGUUGCAAAGGUUCUUCUCCUUGUCUGGGCAGCUUGAACUUAUGAGAUAGGCAGAGAUAGGCAGAGGAACAUCUUUCCACACUCCUUUGUGUAGGGAGACUCCUCCUCUACAUUCAGCCACUCUUUCCUGUUCUUCGGUGCAUCAGAAGAUGGAAAAGUAGCAGCUUUGCUGGUAUCUACAAGGUAAACAAGAAAACUGUGAGACUUGGCAGUGCGAGAUCUGUGCAAUCUGCAGCCUUGGUGAUUAGGAAACAUGACACGCUCUCAGCACUCCACACCCCCUGGCAGCACAGUGUGGCUGUCUGAUGGAAUGCAGGCAAGCCUGAGGCAUGGCUGGGGCACAGCCAUCCCCCAUUCAUUGCCUGUGGUUCUCCAGAUAGGGCCUUGGUUACUAUUCUAUUUCUAGCAGUGCCCUGCUGUUUAGCCAGUCUGUACAUUCAUGGGUAUGGUGAUUGGGCUUGAGAGUUACUACGACUGACAGUGGAUAGCAAUUCUUGCUUCCGCCAGAGGUCUUGACUCAUUUACCAGUGCCUUCUGGGCAAACUGGAGUCCCAAGAGAAGACAGCCAGAACACAGCCAGAAUGGAGGAACUUGGCCAGGUCUGAUUAUUCACAGUAAGAUUUGUUCAAGGCCAAUGUCCCCGGUAUUUUCCCACAUGGUGUUUUGUGUGCCUAUGCUUCAUGGAAUCUUCAACUGUCAUAAAAAUGUUCGCAUUUAAGAUCUGUGAUGCAUAUGAAAAAUGUGUGCAAGAGUUUUAACAUAAAAUGCAAGCGCUUCCACAAUUUUUAAAAUCUUACCGCCCAUUCAAAAGAAAAGUCUGGGGGCUGGGGAUUUAGCUCAGUGGUAGAGCGCUUACCUAGGAAGCGCAAGGCCCUGGGUUCGGUCCCCAGCUCCGAAAAAAAAGAACCAAAAAAAAAGAAAGAAAGAAAGAAAGAAAAGUCUGUAGAUAGAUAAGCUACAGGCAGCAAAAUGCUGCCCACAGGAUUGCCCGAGAUGCACGUGGGCCACUGGUGUAUGGAAAGACACCAGUCUUUUGUCUGAGUUCAGAAGGAUUGGCGAGCUCUGUCCACCUCAACAGCAACUGUAACUUUAUCCUCAGCCAGCGCAGUUCUGUGGACUUCUAACACUACACUUGAUUGUCCUUUUUAUGAAGCUUGGCUGCACAGUAACUCCAUUUGCUGGGUCCUUCUAUCUCGGGAACCAUCAGAGCCAAGCCUAGCUGCUGGUCACUUCCUUUGGGAGCGCUCUUCCUGGGCCUGACCUUGCCUGCCCCUCAGGCUUUCCUCAGGGUGGAUUUCCCCUUUUCUGAUGCGGUCACCAGCCUCUUUCCCAGAGUAAGCCAGGCUUCCUCUCUCUCUCUGUUCUGAAUGGAUGUAGCCUGCACCACCCAACAUAGCUCUUCCUCUGAGGUGGGUCAGCUCAGACCUCUCUCAAAGACAUAUCCCUCCCCUGAGGAGAGAUGUGGCCUCUCUGGCUCUUUUCAGGUAUUUCUAGAUGAAAAAAAGACAGUGGAACUGGGAGGAAUUUUGAGAAAUAAAUCUGCCUGUAGCAGAAUGUCAUUCCAGGCUGUGGCAAGCAGCGCCCUGGACACUAGGAGCUUAAGAGAGGGAAGACAGUGACUGCCCUGAAGGAAUUAUAGCUUCACUAAGAGCUACAACCCCAAACUAUGAGCAAGCAAGGCCAGGAGUUGCAACCAAGAGUAGUAGGCCAGAGGAGCUCCUACUCCCCCACUUCCUCACACCACAGGCUGCAGGGACCCCAUCUUUAGGGGACACUCCCUUGACUCAUAGGAUAGCUAUGAGGUGUGGAGGGGAGGAAACAACAGAAGCUGUCCCUCACCUCCCCGACCCCUCCUCCCUCCUUCCCCUUUUUGGAGGAUGCUGGCUUUCAAGAUAAGAGCAGGAAGCUUCUAUUCUGUGGAAGGAUGUUGAACAAACUGCCCACAUCAACUGCCACCUCGACCGCCAGGUUUUAAAUGUUUCAUGUGCAUUUUUAGAGGUUUUUGCUCAGCGAAAGGAGGACUGUCUACAAGGCCUCGGGCUAAAGGAAGUAUAUAGUUCGGAAAGGUUUAUUGUAGAGUCUGUUUUGGGGGUGGUUUUGCUUUAGUUCUGCUCUAAGAGGAACAGACAGUUACUUGAUCAUGCAUGAAGUACAGACCAAGAAUGCUUAUCUCAUUGUACUACCUGAAGUUCCGGGGAGUCAAACUUUUAAAAACAAAAACCACAUUACUUCAAAGUUGGGUUUCGAGUUAUCAUUUGUAUUUGGUUGUUUAUCUAGAUGUUGACAAAACAGCCUAUGCUUCCACACCAAACUAGCUUUUUCCUUUGUGGUUUUAGUCUGGUUUGACCCAACCUUGUGCCUCUAGCUGUAGUCCUGUCCCCCAAAAUCUCUGUGUGUUACCGGGCUUUAUUCCUUAUUGAAAUGAGUCAACAUGGCAUUGGAAGGUAGUGUUGAGCGUUCUUGUCAAUUACCCUGGGAAUGUGGAGGCAGUGUCCACCUUGGUUUUUCCCAUUGCCUGACUUCCAAGCAAGCACUCCUGCAAGCAUCGUCUCUGGGUAUUCUAUGGUGAGUGAAAGGGGUGAGGUUUUAUAAUAAACUGUUCUACAAAAGACAGUUUUAUCCACAUUAACCACUUUCUGCCCAACACUCGGCCUCUGCUUUGGGUUUGAGUGUUAUGUUAUGUGGGGCCCUGUGGCAUGCUGGGAACCCUCUGUAACUCUAUGUGAUUCGGCAUUCUGCCUCUUCAGUAUUUUUGAUUCCUUCCCUAGGGAAUGACAUGAUAGCACACGGUGUCAGAUGCUACCGAUAGAUCGUGAAUGCUGUUGGUUUGUUGUUAACACAUGAAUGUGUGAUGCUGGGACUGUCAGUUUCCCUAAGUAGAGAACUACCAUUGUUCCCUCCGUGUAAUGCUGUUGAUACCUGUGAGCUCUCUUUGUCCUGUGAGCUAAGUGUAUGCCUUGGCAAUAGGGGCUUUUUUAUUCUUUAGGAUUCUCUACAUAGAUCAUUAUGCCACCUCAGAAAUACACUUUACAUGUCUCCUUUUUAGUUCCGAUGUCUUGUAUUUUUUUUCCCUUGCUUUAUUACAUUGGCUAAGAUUCCCAGAGCAAUGUUACAUAUUAAGGACCAAAGCAGAUAGCCUUCAUGCUUUUGGAAGUAUCAUGAGUACAGAUUUUCCCGAGCAGAUUUAACAUUUCUCAGUUACCUGAAUUAGUUUUCUGCUUCUGUGACAUUAAGACUAUUUCCUAAGUUACCUUCUAAAUUUGUAACCAUAUAAUAAUUUAUAAUAACUUGUUAUAAUUGUGCUGCAGAGACAUUGUUAAAUUUGUUUUAAAGCAACUAGCCUUGCCAGCACUAUCAUCCCAAGCAAUCUGGUAGAAAGCAGCAUGGACCGAGCCAGCUAUUUUAAAAUAGAGACAACUGAAAAUUGAUCCUACCCUUUAACUGUUUAAGUGAGUAAUCGCAACCCAGCCACAUCGCCAUCGCAGGCAGGUGAAAGGCUGAUAAGCCUCAUGGGAGGUUACCUGCUUCACCAACAGGAACACAGGGUUGCAUCCAUCAGCCGACGUAUGGAUAAACAGGCUGUGGGGGUGAAGUAUUUGUUAGUAAAAGCGAGUGAAGCACAAGAGCAUUCUAUGGGUGGGACUCAGGAACAUUGUUCUUCGUGAAAGAAUCUCAUUGCAAAAUGCCUAUUUCUACAUGUGAAACUAUUUCUACCAAAUGUCAGGAUGGGGAAAUCCACAGAAAGUAGCUAAGUGGUGAUCAGAGGUCAGGGCGAAGCCAGAGUGGUGGACAGCGAACUCAUGAGAGUGUGUCUUCUUUUUGGAUGAUGAAAAUGGUCUUAGAUUAACUAUAGCCCUCAUUUUCCCUUGGUGUGCCAUGGAACCCUUCUGUCCACUCCUGUUGGCAAGUUUUAGCUUGUCGCUUGCCACAGCUGGCCAGGGCAACGACACCACCCCAACAGAGAGCAACUGGACCAGUACAACUGCAGGUCCUCCGGACCCUGGCACGUCCCAGCCGCUGCUUACCUGGCUGCUGCUGCCUCUGCUCCUCCUCCUGUUCCUCCUUGCAGCCUACUUCUUCAGGUUCAGGAAGCAGAGGAAAGCCGUGGUCAACAGCAACGACAAGAAGAUGCCUAACGGGAUCCUAGAAGAACAAGAGCAGCAGAGAGUGAUGCUACUGAGCAGAUCUCCAUCGGGUCCCAAGAAGUACUUCCCCAUCCCUGUGGAGCACCUGGAGGAGGAGAUCCGGGUGAGAUCUGCGGAUGACUGCAAGCGGUUCCGAGAGGAGUUCAAUUCAUUGCCAUCCGGACACAUACAAGGAACCUUUGAACUAGCAAAUAAAGAAGAAAACAGAGAAAAAAACAGAUACCCCAACAUUCUGCCCAAUGAUCAUUGCAGAGUGAUUUUGAGCCAAUUGGAUGGAAUCCCCUGCUCUGACUACAUUAAUGCUUCCUACAUAGAUGGCUACAAAGAAAAGAACAAAUUCAUAGCAGCUCAAGGCCCCAAGCAGGAGACAGUGAAUGACUUCUGGAGAAUGGUCUGGGAGCAAAGGUCAGCCACCAUUGUCAUGUUGACGAACCUGAAGGAAAGGAAGGAGGAGAAGUGCUACCAGUACUGGCCAGACCAGGGCUGUUGGACUUAUGGGAACAUCCGGGUGUGUGUAGAGGACUGCGUGGUCCUGGUGGAUUACACCAUCCGCAAGUUCUGCAUCCAUCCGCAACUCCCCGACAGCUGCAAAGCUCCACGGCUGGUCUCACAGCUGCACUUCACCAGCUGGCCUGACUUUGGGGUACCAUUUACCCCCAUCGGAAUGCUGAAGUUCCUGAAGAAAGUGAAGACACUCAACCCCUCACAUGCUGGGCCCAUUGUGGUCCACUGUAGCGCGGGCGUGGGUCGGACUGGCACCUUCAUUGUGAUCGAUGCCAUGAUGGACAUGAUCCACUCGGAACAGAAGGUUGACGUCUUCGAGUUUGUGUCUAGAAUCCGCAAUCAGCGCCCUCAGAUGGUCCAGACAGAUGUUCAGUAUACAUUCAUCUACCAAGCCUUACUGGAAUACUACCUCUAUGGGGACACGGAGCUGGAUGUGUCCUCCUUGGAGAGGCACCUGCAGACGCUACAUGGCACAGCCACCCAUUUUGACAAGAUCGGGCUGGAGGAAGAGUUCAGGAAACUGACCAACGUGCGAAUCAUGAAGGAGAACAUGAGGACGGGCAACCUGCCGGCCAACAUGAAGAAGGCCCGUGUAAUCCAGAUCAUCCCAUAUGACUUCAAUCGGGUAAUCCUGUCCAUGAAAAGAGGGCAAGAGUUCACAGACUACAUCAAUGCAUCCUUCAUAGAUGGCUACAGGCAGAAGGACUACUUCAUGGCUACACAGGGGCCUCUGGCGCACACAGUUGAGGACUUCUGGAGGAUGGUCUGGGAGUGGAAGUCACACACAAUCGUCAUGCUGACUGAGGUGCAGGAGCGGGAGCAGGAUAAAUGCUACCAGUAUUGGCCAACCGAGGGCUCAGUGACUCACGGAGAUAUAACUAUAGAAAUAAAGAGUGACACCCUGUCUGAAGCAAUCAGCAUACGAGACUUUCUGGUUACUUUCAAACAGCCCCUGGCCCGCCAGGAAGAGCAGGUCCGGAUGGUGAGACAAUUCCAUUUCCAUGGCUGGCCUGAGGUUGGAAUCCCCACUGAGGGUAAAGGCAUGAUUGACCUGAUCGCGGCAGUGCAGAAGCAGCAGCAGCAGACAGGCAACCACCCCAUCACCGUGCACUGCAGUGCGGGAGCAGGGCGGACAGGUACAUUCAUAGCACUCAGUAACAUUUUGGAACGAGUGAAAGCCGAGGGACUCCUAGAUGUGUUUCAAGCUGUGAAGAGCUUAAGACUUCAGAGACCACACAUGGUGCAAACCCUGGAGCAAUAUGAAUUCUGCUACAAAGUGGUACAAGAUUUUAUCGAUAUAUUUUCUGAUUAUGCUAAUUUCAAAUGAAGAUCCCUGCCUUAAAAUAUUUUUUAAUUUAAUGGUCAGUAUAUUUUGUAAAAAAAAAUCAUGUUAAUUUAUUUCCUAGUGGAUAUUAAUAUCCGUCCUGAUUCCUUUGUAUAUAUUUUGUUAUGUUCUAAAGGCUACCUGCUGUAAGAUUAUUAAAUCAUAAAUGUCCUUUUUAAAAAUUGGAAUAACAUGUUAAGGUCAAAUGCUAUCUGGGAAGACAUAUAUUUCUCCUAAUACCAGUCAGUAUCUUAGUUCUAUUAGAUUCAUGUCAUGUGUCAUGUGGUGUCACACAUCAUGUAUCAUGUAUCCACAUGCCAUGUGGUGUCACAUGUCAUGCAUCUGUAAAUGUAGUUCUUAACAUGUCAAAUGUGUUUGUGGAAAGACACUAAACCUGAAACCCCUUGUGGAGAAAACGGUUGAAGACUCAGAGUCUGAUCACAUUUAUUCUCCCCAUGCAGGGCAUCAGGGUGUGGCAGACAGUGGACAUGGGGGCUUUGGUAAAGUCCUAGGUCUCAGCCAUGUGGUCCACCCUUACAUAUGAAAGAUCAGAGCAGGAACCAAGCACUGCAACGCAUAGCUGAAGUACUUGAAGGGGCUGAGGCAGAAGGAUUGUGUUCAGGCCAGGCCAGCCCAGGCUACAGUGAGACUCUAUCAGAAACAAAAACAAAAACAGAAACAUAACAAACAAAAAACCAGAAGAUUUUGUAACCCAAAUCCAGGUCUCAGAUGUAUAAGGGUAGAUGGUGACUUCCCCGUGAGUUUUAAAAGGCAUUUGUUUCUGAAAGGCUGUGUAAUGCCACUGUAGACUUGAUAAGGAGAUGUGUUGGUACCAGGCCAUCUAUUCUCACAGGCCCCCAGUGUCCUCCAAACUAGCCCUCAGAGCUGUAUUCCUGGAACUGCUUGCUGUCUGUCUGCCUGUGUGCCUGGCUCAGAAUCCACCCAAGCUCAUUUCCUGACCCUAAUGGGGCUCAAUGCACAGCUGCUUCCCUCCCCUCUGCAUUGAAAUGAAUUGGCACGCACGCGCACACACACCACUACCACCACCACCACACCACAUACACACACACAAACACACACUCAUACCACAGACACACACACACACUCAUACACACACACACUCAUACACACACACAUACACACACACACACACACACACACACACACACACACACACACGGGCACAGAUGGUAGAAUGGCCACAAGCAAUUGCACUGUCAAUUUCCUGACAGCCAUUUUGGUAUGUCAGAUUUUCUUUGUAAAAAGUUAACAUGGUUUGUAAGAAAAGAAUUCUUAAAAUCUAGAUUUGUACAGUUUUUUUAAAUGCCCCACCUCUUGGUAUUUAAUUUUUAAAGAGAGAGAGAGAGAGAGAGAGAGAGAGAGAGAGAGAUCCUAAUUUGAAGUCUAACUUACCCUUGGUGCAAAUGCUGCUGAGGCCUCUGAGCCCAGGUGGCAGGCACACUGCCUGAGACGGGUAGAUUAGAAGGAUAGAGAGGGGAUGGGGGAUGAAUGUGGAAACAUUGACUUCAAUAAAAAUGAUCGUCCUAUGGCAUUUAGAUACCUAGCAAAUGAGCACAUUGUAAAAAAAAAAAAAAAAGAUACCUGGUCUAAGUCAUUGAAGGCUUUGAACAUGCAUAGUUUGGGUACUUUUUUUUUUUUUUAGAAAAAAAAACUUUUUAAAAGAGAAAUGAAAAUAUAAAGGCCUUAUUUGCAAUUUCUAUGGAGGACUGAUCGCGCCUGCCUAUUGUAUAGUUUGUCCUUGUUCGUUUAUAGUGUGUACGGGGGACAACCCCAGGAUCUGUCACUGCUUCAUACAGGUGAACAGGUCAGAGGCACAAGCUGGCAGCCAGCAUGCAGGGUGAAAGCAGGCAGUGGCCACUGUCAUCAUCACCAGCAGGCACAGCCAGGGCUGGUUGCCUGUGCUUUGUGAGGCCUCCCCUUCUCUGAGCAGCAGUGGGAGCACAGGCAGAAGACAGAAGAGGGAGGAGCUUUCCCUGGCCAGUGGUCUCAUUUGUUUCCAUUUUAGACGCCAAGCUCAAUGCCUUGCUUUAACUGAAGUGGGAUAGAGGGGCAGUAAGCCCACUAGAACGAAGGUGACCUCACACGGGUCCCAAGCCAAAGUUCGGCCCAAUUUAGUUACUGGUCCUUAGGAUCCCCGGGCAUCUCUUGUAUCAAGAAAUGCCUUAGGGUAGAUCUUUUCAGGAUGUCUAGAAAAGUAUUCUAAUGUAUGUUUUUCCUCACCUUGGGACUGCCCCAGGUUCUCCUGCAGGAACUCUGCGUGUUUCUAAACAGCUUGUCCCUUUCCAGAGACAGACAAAAGCCAUGCUUUUGUGGGCACAGUUGGGGCAGCAUUUGUACUUUGGAAGGGCCAAUCCUUCUAGUCUCUUGGCUGAUGUCAUAGCCAAAUUCAGCUUCCCUAAGUCACAGAGCCUCUGCCUGCAAGGGGCCUCCUAUGUGGGGGCCUCAGCAUCUUCUCUGUGUACCUGGCAUGCCCUUUUCUUCUUCCUUCAGUCUAAGAAGGUCCGGUGUACACCCGUAAACAGCCUGGCACCGACAACCACCUUCUCAGUCCUGUUGCAUGCAGUCCUGUUCGGUGCCAAACAGUAGUCAGAGCUGAGCGUUCUGAGCAGGUGCAUCUUUGGUCACUGUGUGACUGGCUUUAUGUUUCUUUCUCUCUCCAUGGGCUAGAUGAACGAGGAACACACACCUGUGUUUCCCAAGGUAUUUUUAUGUGUUUUUAAAAACUUUUUAAAAUGAGCCUGAUACCCGUGAUCCAGCAUUUGGCCACGUUGUUGGUUUUUGUUGUUUUGUUUUGUUUUUUCAUGUAUACUGAUACAUUUUCGUUUGUAACCAAGCCAUGUUUAAUUUAUGUGCGAUCUUUAUAAUACGUGUAUGUCAUGGUUUCAACUCUCAUAUAUUCCUGGAUUCCAUUUACUGUUUGAUCUUGCUCUGAUUAUGCCAGUGAAUGUCGCUGAACUCUUGAGACUGAACUGCAAGAUCAAAAACAAACAUCCUGAUGCAAGAACAAACCUCUGACUACCGGUCUGUCUUCACACGUGUGUGUGUGUGUGUGUGUGUGUGUGUGUGUGUGUGUGUGUGUGUGUGUGUACACGCAGGCUUGUGUACAGAUACCUGUGGAGGCCAGAGGACAUGUUAGGUGACACCUUUAGUAAUUCUGGCCAUCCUCUUUAAGAAAAGGCCUUGCACUGGCCUGCAGCUGACCAACCGUGAACACCAGAUAUUUUCUUAUCUGAACUCCCCGGUGCAGGGAUUGCAGAAGUGUAACACUAUACCCAUGUUCUCUGUGUGGACUUGGGGGACCGAACUUGAUCCUCAAGCUCACAAGCCAAACGCUUUACCAAAUGAACUAUUCCAAUCCCACUGUAGGCUUUUAAAAUGCAGGUCUGACUUCUGAAACAGCUUCUAAGGGGGAGUGAGCACUGGAGCCAGAGUCAUCAGGUCUUAAUGGUCUAGGGUAGGCAGGUGUCAUCGAAGAAGCACAGAUAUUGACUCCCAGUGCAAGGAGUUCAUGUUCUGUCAGGGUCCAGGGAGGACGUGAGCCUGGAAAACAGAGCCCUAGGAUUUCCAGGGAAGAUGGUAGCAAUCUUUGAUUCCCACAACAACUAGGAUCAGAAAAUUCAAACAGCCUUUCUAUUUCACCUCCCUUGUCAUCCCUCCUGGGUUCUUCUUUAUGCCCCUGAUAAGGCCCAUGUCUCUAAACUCCCCUUCCACUUUCCCUCUGUCGUCGUCUCAGUGUGAAAUGUGCCCCAUUGGCUCAUAAACAUUUGGUCCCUAGCUAGGGGUACUAUUGGGAAAAUUGUGGGCCCUUUAAGAGGAAUAGGUGACUGGAUGGCCUUAAGGUUGUAUAACCCAGCCCUGCUCCGGCCAGCCAUGUUCCUGCCACCAUGCCUUCAUUAUGAGGGACUGCAUCCCCACACACUGUAAGUCAAACCUUCUCCAAGUCACUUCCUGUCAGGUAUUCUGUCACAUCAGUGAAAGAAGCAGCUAAUUAUGAGCUCCCAGCCUCCCACUCUCCAGCCUCCCGGGCCCAAUGUGGAACUUAAAAGGUUCUCUUGGGUUGAUUUAAUAAAUCAGAUGGCCUUGCGUAUUUGUGAUCUGAAAAUCUUUCUUUCUAAACAAACCUCAUCAGUGGCGGUGGCUGCUGGGGCCCGUAUUUUACCAGUUGCCUCUUACGUUUGUGGAUGCUAACUUUUCUUCUUAGCCAAGCAAGACCUCUCUUGGCCCUGUUUUUGUUGUUUUGUUUUGUUUUGUUUUGUUUUUUUAAAGAAGCCCGUGCUGGCCUGGUGUGACAGGCCUUUAAUCCCAGCACUCAAGAGACAAGAGGCAAGCAGACCCGAGAGUUCAAGGCCAGCCAGGGUUAUCCGCUGAGAACUCUUCUGGGGGGAAGUUGAAAGAAUGCUGAGGUGUGUUAAAUGGAGGCCAGACUUGUCGAGUUUUAGAGCAGACUACCAGGGCUGUUUGUAUACUUUCAAUCAAAACUCUGUAGUUACUGGUUGGCUAGGACUGAAAACUCCAUUAUGAUUAACAUUAGUCCAGCACCACUGAAAUGAAACUUUACUGGGACAAUGGAUGACUGGCUGGGGCUGAGAAAUUAGCUGUGAUUAAUUAAGAGACCAGAAUCACAGAGGUGGAAGCUUUUGUGUUAUUCCUGGCCUAGAGUUUCCCUGUUCAGGAUGUCAUAUAAAACCUAGUGCUGAGACUUUGCUAUCCCAAAUCUUCCUUUACUUUUCAAUGGGGAAGCCUCUCACGAGACAGCUUGGAGGUAUGGGUCCUCUGAAGAUGAUGACAAUUAGCUUGAUUUCAAGCACUGGCCAAAGGCUACAAGAGCUACAAGCAGUGUUCUGUUAAUCCUAACUACCCUGAGAUGGAGCGCUGAGAACAUCAUUCUAUAGACCAGAAAACUGCCUUUAAAGUGAAAAAGACUUGCCCUAAGUCACAUUGCAAUGAGCAGGCAGGCUGGAAUUACAUGCUAUUACACUAAAUCAGGUUAGUCAAGGGACUGAAAAUUGCAUUUAGGACACCGAUUCUCACCAGGUGCCUAAAUGCUGCCGACCACUAAGGACCUGCCCAACCUGGGACAGUGGCUGGAGUAGAGGCCAGGAAGUUUCUCUGGAGCUAGGUUCAACAUUCCAAUGAGUAAUACUGAGGAAGUGCAGGGGCGGGUCAAGCUCCCGGCAGGGAAAACAGGAGUUGUUUGUGAGAGGGGCAAGAGCAAAUGACAACAAAACAGGGAAAGUCAUAGUGGAUCUAGGAGGCAAGAAGUACAGCGUCCCUCUCUUGCGAGUCUCCCAUCAUGCUUUCUGCUGGGAAACUGACAUUGCUAGAGACCAUAGCUAAACACUUGAGGAACGGGUGGAUAUUUGUUAUAAUUAGCCAACAAAACGGGUGUUUCUCAGAUGUUCACACAAAGAUAAAUAAAAGAUAUGUUCUACAAA